AUGGAUCCAUUAUCUAUUUUGGGCGCCAUCGCAGCCUCCUCUCAAAUCGCCCAACAAAGCUACGAUGCCAUUAAAUUCUUGAACGAUAUCAAAACGCAAAUGCAGAAUGGUCCGAAGAAGAUUCGUGGACAAAUACAACACAUUGAGCAAUUCAUCAAUCUUCUAGCAUUGGUUAUUAAGAAUACCUCUUUACAAACCUCCGAAGUGUCUUCGGUUGUGAAAACUUGUUCUAAUUCUGCAAAAGAUAUUAAGGACAGCCUCGAAAGUUAUCUUGCUACUCCGGAUGAAGGAAGAAGAGUAAAAUUGCGAAAAGCAUUUACAGCGGUGAGAUCGGAAAAAAAGAUAUCCUCUAUGAUUGUGGAUCUCGAAAGAGAGAAGUCCUUGUUGAGUCUCCAUAUCCAAAAGAUUGAUUUAUCUCUAUUGCAAACAGUUGAUCUCAAUGCAAAAGAAAUUAAAUUGACAGUUGGCGCGGUUGCAAAUGAUGUUACGGAUGUCAAAUCUAUACUUAUAUCGAUGAAUUCUCGAUCGGAUGUUGUCGCUCCCACAGAAAACGUUAACAAAAACCACUUCAUCGUGCCAAAUCGCCGUGUUAGUGGCUUUAUUGGGCGUGAAGAUAUCCUGAACAAGAUCGGAAAGGGAUUAUCCUCUGAAUCUGAGUCUCGUGUUGUUGUCCUUCGAGGGUUAGGAGGCCAAGGUAAAACUCAAAUUGCACUUGAGUACUGCCAUCGUGCAAGAAAGAACAAUAUUCGAGCCGUAUUCUGGAUUGAUGCAACAUCCGAGAGCACGGUCAAGAAAGAUUUCAAGUCAGUACUGGAGCAUAUCAAAAGCCCAGCUGACUCAACGCAAGACGACCAAGUAGUUGCCUCCGUUUUGAACAGACUUCAGGACUGGAAUGAGCCAUGGCUAAUCAUUUUCGAUAAUCAUGACGACCCAUCAAGUUUUCAUCUGCCUGAUUUCAUACCAUCGGGGCAAGAUGGACGAAUUUUGAUCACGAGUAGACACGCAGAUACUGCUUUACUAGCUGAAAAAGAUCAUGACAUUGAGCUACAUGGGCUCCCGAAAGAUUAUGCUUGUGAUCUUCUCAUUAAACAAAGCCGGGUAAGCAAUACCGCAUCGCGCGACGACGCACACGCGAUCGUUGAUCGUUUGGGGUAUCAUGCACUAGCUAUUACACAGGCAGGAUCAUAUAUCCAAAGUCAAAAGAUUGCACUAUCCCAAUUCAUGGAUAAAUAUAAUCGCCAACGAGAAGCAAUUUUGCGGGAGACGCCACGAAUGUCACAGUAUCGACGUAAGAUUGGGGAGGCUGCGGACGAAACGGCAUUGAACGUCUUUACGACCUGGGAACUUUCUUACCAACAACUAGAGACGCUUGAUGAUGAGAAGAAAUACAAGUCAAGGAUUCUGACCUUGUUUGCUUUUCUCGACCGUCAAAAAAUAUCCCAACAAUUAUUUGAGACUUAUUGCACAACAGGCCUCUUCUCUCAGCCCGACAUACUAGAGAUCGAAGAACCUCUACUCUUGUUUGUUGAUGAAGAUAAUAAAUGGGAUGAACAAAAAUUCGUGGAUAUUUUGAAUGAUCUCUCGCGACUGUCCCUGAUCCAAAGCUGGUAUAGAGACGAGAAUGACCAUUGUCAUCUGUCUCUACACCCUUUGGUUCAGGACUGGAUUCGCAUACGCGCUUCUUCGGAACUUUGCUACGACUCCGCGGUUCUCAGCGCUUAUCUCGUGGCAACAGUUCUCGAAGAGUGCUACUCUCAUCAAACGUACAUUAUGCCCUUAUCUCUACAGCAGGAGCUCCUAUCCCAUCUUAGUUUGUAUGAAGAGGCUCAAGAGCUGAUGAUUACACUUAAGAAAGAUAAGGCGUUCAGUAGAAAUAUGUUGUAUCGAUUUUAUCUAAAUCUCACGCGGUUUUACAUUCAUAGCGGUUUAUAUAGAGAAUCUGAGAAGAUUGCUCGUCAAUGGGUGGUAGCGUGUGUAUGGGAAUAUGGACCGGCGGGCGCAGAAACUUUAAGUGCUCGUGUAUGGUUGUCAGAUGCGUUAUUAAAGCAAGAUAAUUCCGAAGAAUCGUUUCACAUAAACCGAGAGGUGCUAAAGGUCCGUAGAAAAAAAUAUGGUUCUGAAAAUCCACAUGUACUGAGAGGUACACACAACAUGGCAUGUAGUCUAGUAGAAAGAGGACAACUUGUCAGAGCCGAGAAGAUCUUCAGAAGAGUCAUCGAAGUAAGUGAAAGGAUUUUAGGACACGAUAAAAUAGAGACAAUGGCAAGUGCCUCUGCCCUUGUUCAUGUUCUCCGAAUUGCAGAGAAAUUUGCUGAAGCUGAAGCCCUUUGCCGGAAUUUGGUCCACGACUGCCAAAGAAUAUUUGGAACGAAUCAUCCUGAAACAUUUUACCAUAUAAAUGAAUUGGCCUUCAUUUUCGAAAAUCAAGGAAGACAUUCCGAAUCCCUGGCCUGCUUUGAAAGUGUUUAUGCACACAAACUAGCAACACUGGGCCCCGACAAUCCCAGAACACUCCUUUCGGAGUGUAAUUGCGUGAGUGUACGCGAGAAUCUCGAACGGCAAUCACAGAAAGAACAGAGAAAGGCCAGAAGGGGAUCAUCCGCAAGCCAACGCUCCGAUUCUGAAAGCGAUACAGAAUCUGAAGUUUCUGAGCUCGGUGAUGAAUCCUUUUUCUCCACAUACGAGCGAAAUUUACUCUGGUCAUCUGAUUCGGAUAUAGAGAAAUCUCUUUUCUUGACUUCCGAAGGAGAGGAAGGGGGGGAAAGCGGGGAAGAAUAUGAGGGAAAGGGCGCGGGUCCAACCGUUGGAACCAAAAGCGAAGCCAGUGAUAACCAAAUACCAGAGGCUCUAAAAGAUAAACGAGAAGUAAGCGAGAAACCAGUAGCGGAGGAGCAGGAGGAGAAGAUCAAGCUCGAGGCAAACGAACAUUUGAAAGAUUGA